AGCUGUUACCCUCCCCCGGAGUGGAAUAGAUUUGUCCUCACUCCAGUUGACCUCCAACAUACCGUUAAACAAGGGCAUAUGUCCAGCAUACAAUGUCGACCCGGAGGCCAAGUUAUUCUCGUAUCGCAAGUGUUAACGCCAGUCCCAUUUUCCGCAAGCAGUCCAGUGUAUCUUCGGCCGAUUUCUUUGGGGAGCACCCGCCCGAUGAUACAGAUGACGGAUCAUCUGAUGGAACACAAAAUGGCAUCUGGAAUACGACGAGGAGUAAACUCACACUGGUGUCUCUGUGUCUUGUUUACUUCGCGGCGACAGCCUCUUUCGCGAUUCUCUCUCCCUUUUUUCCCGGAGAGGCACAAGAAAUGAAUGCCUCAGGUACUGAGAUUGGUCUCAUCUUUGGAAUAUAUCCCCUGGUGGUGUUUGUUGUGGCACCACUAAUAGGAGUCUUGCUCCCAACAGUUGGUCCAAGAUUCACAUUGACAGCAGGACUGUUCCUUUGUGCUGGAUCACAGAUAUUAUUUGGAUUUGUAUCAAUGUUACCCAAGGGUGUAGUUUUUGUGGUUUUCUGUUUCCUCCUUCGAGUUGUGAUGGCAAUGGGUGGAGCUGCAGCAGACACUGCAUCAUUUGCUAUCGUAGCAGGAGAAUUUGGCUCCAAUAUAGGCACAGUGACGGGAGCCAUGGAGACAUUUACUGGUCUGGGCUUUAUGCUAGGUCCACCUCUGGGUGGAGUUUUAUAUUCUGCUGGCGGAUUUAAACUUCCGUUUAUCGUGCUUGGUGGCCUUCUUUUGUCAAUACUUCCUGUGGUUAUGCUUAUUUUACCAAAAGACCAAGACCUUCCGCGAAAAGUAGACACUGGCUCACUACUUCGAAUGACAAAGAUUCCAGGAAUUGCUGUGAUAGGUUUAUCUAUCCUUGUAUCGGGAUUAGUGCUGGGUUUUUUAGAUCCAACAUUUGCGCCCUAUAUGAAGAAGUUUGGACUUGGUCCCAGUAAAGUUGGUUUACUCUUCCUCCUUUGUGCCGGAUGUUACGCUAUUUCAGCUCCAUUGGUUGGCUGGAUAAGUGAUAAGACGGGGAGAACACGUGUGGUCAUAAUUAUUGGCGCAGCUUUCGUAAUUAUUGGGAUUUCGAUGCUGGCUCCGGCUCCAUUCCUAACAUUUCUUCCUCAAAGGAAGGUAUGGUUGGUGUGUGUAUCCAUGGGUAUGUUAGGUGCUGCCGUCAGUGCGUAUCAAGUACCUUGUAUGCCAGACAUGUUGGAAACAGCCAGGGAACAUGGAAUGCCCGAUGACAUCACUACCCAUGGAGUGCUCUCCGGUAUUUUCAAUGCGACGGCAAGUAUAGGUGCUUUUUUAGGACCAACCAUCAGUGGAUUGACAGAAAACUAUUUGACAUUUCAGUGGUCAACUGUGGUGCUAGCAGGGAUUCUUGGAUUUCAGGUUGUUGUCCUGACUCUCUUUACAGUAUUUGAUCAAGGAAGAAAAAGAAUGCGGAGUUAUAGUGAAAGAAGAAAAGAACCUUUUGAGAAAGAUACUCAUGUACAAGUAUAACAAUUGUUGUGUUUCGUGGAGUCAGAUACAUAUAGACACUUUGUUUCAGGACGGAUGAUGGCUCAGUUGUUCUUUGUCUAAUUUGGUUCUGAUAGCCGUUUUAUUCUGUGCGCUCUUAAGGAUCUGGGGCCACGUUUUAAUCUUGUGAGCUCUGUUCUCAACAAUGCUAGUUUAAGAAUAAAGUGAUACGGUAGACAGUAACUGAACUCAGUCGCAAAAUACUCUCCUCGAAUCACACAACUUACUUUCAAUUCGUAUUGUAUUCAGAAAUAAAGAACAUUUUGUUUGCGAGAAUUUGCAUAUAAAUAUAAUAACGCGGCGGUAAGUUAUAAUA